CGUUUGGUCGAUUCAAUCGCGAAGAGAAGGGAUAUGGACGGAGACAGAAGGGGCAAGAAAGAAUAAGCUAGAAAAUGGGGCCGGGAAAAAGCAAACCCGCAAGCCGACGAAAAACGAAUCCCUCCCUCGAAUAUUCCAUCUCCGCCAUUCCCGUUUUAUUCAUUUAUUAUAAAAAUUAAAAUUGAACAAAAACAAGCCAAAACGGCGGCGAAUAAAUCAUAAACCGAACACAAGGUUAGGAAGAACCGCCAGCUGGCAGCCCACUGCCGAAACCAACUAUCAAAAGAAGAAAAAAAGAUUCCCCAUGAAUACGCGACGCCCCGACUUCGGAAUCCCUCCCUUUCCCCUCUCCUUCUCCUCCACUCUCUCUGUCUGUUUUCCUCAUUUCUCCCGUCCCUUCCGUCACUCUGCUUUCUCUCUCUCCGUCGCCACGCCAGUCAUCAAUCCGCCGUAUCCUUCAAAACCCGAAUCCCUCCUCCGUCCGUCCGUCCGGCCUCCUCCUCCACCACCAAACCAAACCUUCUUCCUCCUCGUUCCUUUUUUUUAUAUUUUAUUUUAUGCCUGGUGGGGCUAUUCGUUGCCACAAAGUUUAUUCCCUUCCGAUUCUCCAUUAGAUCCCCUUUUUAUUAUUAUCCUUCUCCUUCCUCUCUCCCUUCGUCUUCUUCAUAUUCCCCUCCCCCGAUUCCUCUGUAUUCGGAUCCUCCUAUGCUCCUCUUCUUCUUCUUCUUCUUGCUGCCAACAAACUAACAAGCAAAAUUCGAAGUCAGAUGGAUUUCCCCGAUCAAAGGAAGCGCUGCCACGAGUACGUCGACGCCUUGGAGGAAGAGCGCCGGAAAAUCCAGGUUUUCAAGCGUGAACUCCCCCUCUGUCUCGAGCUCGUCACCCAAGCGAUCGAGGCAUGUCGGAGGGAGCUGUCUGGUUCGACGCCGACGGAGUACACCACCACCAUGCCCGGCCAAUACGACUGCUCGGAGCAAACCUCCAGCGGCGGAGGCCCGGUGCUGGAAGAAUUCAUCCCUAUUAAGCCGCACAACAACUCCUCCUGCGACGACGAUGAAGGAAAUGAGAAUGAAAAUGAUCUCAAUACCCACCACCGCCACGAUGAAGAAGAUCACGAAAAUCAGGAUAUUGGCAGCGGCGACGAGAGGUCACUGAAACGGAACCGGAGCGAAAAUCAGGAAACGGAAGAUCAUAAGAGCAGUAGUAGUAACAAGAAAUCAGACUGGCUUAGAUCUGUUCAAUUGUGGAACCAGUCCCCAGAUCCACCGCCCCCAAAUGAGGAGGUGCCGAGGAGAGCGGUGGUGAAAGAGGUGAAGAGAAGCGGAUCAGGAGGCGCAUUCCAGCCAUUCCAAAAGGAGAAAAAUAGCAGCGGCGGCGGCGGCGUUGUUGGGAAGAGCAACGGUGCUGGCGGUAAUCAUGACAAGACCACCGCCGUCGCUACUGCUGUUGCGACUACUCCAUCCUCGGUACUGAGUUCCAGCGCGGCCGCGGCGGGGACCGACGGCGGCGGCGGCGACCCCAGCGUCAGCAAUAAGAAUAGCAACAAACAACAACAACAAAAAAAGGAUGUGGAUAACAAAGAAGCGCAGGCGCAGCAGAGAAAGCAAAGGCGGUGCUGGUCUCCAGAACUCCACAGAAGAUUCCUUCACGCGCUCCAACAGCUCGGCGGUUCACACGCUGCGACACCGAAGCAAAUUAGGGAGCUAAUGAAGGUGGAUGGGCUCACUAAUGACGAAGUUAAGAGCCAUUUGCAGAAAUAUCGGUUGCACACAAGGCGGCCGAGCCACGGCGUGCAGAAUACCAGCAACCAGCCGGGCCCACAGUUCGUGGUCGUCGGCGGGAUAUGGGUGCCACCGUCGGCGGAAUACACGGUGGCGGCCGCGGCAGCAGUUGGAGAAACGGCCAACAUUCCGGCGUCGGCGGCUCAGGGUGGAUCUAAAUAUGCGCCGGUGGCGACGACGGUGGGUGCUCAAAAGCAGCAGGCUAGCAGUACGGAGCAGCUGCAGUCGGAAGGAAGAGGCAGCAGCCGGAGUGAAGGCGGAGGAGCUCAUCACCCGUGUUCCCCGAGCACGUGUUCGUCCACUCGCACGGCCACUAGCUCGCCGGGAAUCUAAUGCUUUCUUUUUUUUGGUCGCAUAGUGUAAAAAUUUUGUACGAUCAUAUGCCGAUAGAGGAAAAAAGAAGGGCGUGGUGCGUGCGUGUAUUAUUUUGUGACGGAGUAGAUAGAUAGUCGAUAGAAAUAAACAAGCGAUGGAUUUGGCCUUUGGGAAAUUCGUUUACAUUAGAAGAUAAUGACAGUUGAAUUAUAAACGUUGAAUAGUGGUUAAGAAUAAAUUAAUUGGCAAAUC